AUGAUUCUUUGGACUUCUGCACAAUUUAAGUUUGUGAAUAUUCCUGACCGUUUCUGUACUGGCUCAUCGAUCAUGCCUCAAAAGAAAAACCCAGAUGUUCCUGAACUAAUUCGUGGUAAAACUGGCCGUGUCUAUGGCGACUUAAUGAGUCUGCUCACCCUCAUGAAGGGUCAACCUUUGGCCUAUAACAAAGACAACCAAGAAGACAAAGAACCUUUGUUUGAUGCGAUUGAUACAGUGCGUGGUUCAUUGAUGGCUUUUGCAGAUAUGAUUCCUGCACUUGUACCAAAUAUUGAAAUCAUGCGUGAAGCGGCGCUACGUGGUUUCUCUACCGCAACAGACUUGGCUGAUUACCUUGUAAAAAAUGGCGUUGCUUUCCGUGAUGCACAUGAAAUCGUAGGUAAAGCCGUGGCUUUAGGUGUGCAAGAAUCGAAAGAUCUUUCUGAGUUAAGCCUUGAGCAAUUACAACAAUUCUCAGAUUUAAUUCAAGCAGAUACUUUGCACCCUUUCCAGGUCCAAAGGGUCAAGUGUUAUUUGACACAGUGUCUAAACAAGCUUGGCAAGAAUGGUUAA